GGCAUCUUCCCGGCAUAACGAUGGCGUUUUUUAUUUGAGAACAGUUUUCUCACAUUAUCGCUCCUCAUAAGUCUAGUUUCUUAGCACGAGACGAUACAACAGAUUCAGCGGGGUACGGUGCAGAGUAUAAGUGUAAAAAUGGAGGAUCCUGGAAGUUCCGUAGAAGUUGACCAGUCUGAUUCUACCUAUGUAGAGGGCACUGAUGAGAUCAUUGUCCAGCAGCUGCCAGAUGGCAGUUUCAUGACCGCUGAUGGACAGCGCAUUGUCUUCUCUAAAGAUGACGUCGGUACAAUUCAGUCUGGUGAGGGGGACGCAUCAGAAACAGUCAUGGUUCAGGAGGGUGGUGCCUUAGCACACAUCACUGUGGACGAAUCUGGUCAACCCACCUCUGAUCAAUCUCUGACCAGUGUGGCUGGACUAGAGCUGUACAGUGGCCAGGAUGGUAAUGUUCAGUAUGUCACGGCUGAUGGCAGUCAGAUCACCGUACCGAUAACUGACAUUGCCCAGUUUAAUGCAAUAGCUGCACAGGCAACCGAUGUGAACGGUCAAGUAAUACAGGAUGGAAAUGUGGCCAAUAUUGUGACUGCAGAUUCUAUGGGGCAACCUCAAGUCGUGGUUACUGAACAGGUGCAGAUAGUUCAGCCGAGUGGUAGCGCACCUCUUGUCUCAACUGCUGAUGUGAUGACAUUGCCGCAGACUACAGGUGGUCCCACAGUCACCAUCCAGGAAGCUGUGGGCUCCCCAACUAUCACAACCACAGUCUCGUCCUCACCUUCCAAGACAGCACGGCCCAUGAGGAGUUUGCUACGACCAAACAACCCGCCCUUGUCCAGUGUUGGAGAGACGACAGUGGCCAAAGCCGUGCAACCAGUACAGACAUCUACACCAAGAGAGGCAGAAGUAACUACCAGCUCUGAAGAUUUGGUGCAACAGCCCAUAUCAGCGAGCAGUACGCAACAAACUGUCACCAUCCAAGAAGACGGCCAGACGGAGACUUUCACAGCCCAAACAUUUAUUGUUCAGGGAUCAGAUGUACAGGAAGUAUCGGCCAGUUCAGCAGAAGAGAGCCAGCCAUUGAAACUCGUAUUAGAAGGUACAGAGGAGGCAGAGAAUGUUCCAGUUACCACCAAAGUAGAGCAGGCAGAUAGCACUCAGAGCACAUCAGCUGUGCUACCCUCAACAUCUGUAGAAGCAGACACUGUUAGUCAAGUUGAGGCUAGUGGUAGUUCAGCAGUCAGUAGCAUUGGAAGCAUUCAGCAGCAGGCGGCUGACAUGUUGGCCGAAGUUUCAUCUUUGUUACAGACAACUGAACAGCAGACAAUUCAGCCAAUAGCCCAGUUAAGAGAAGAGGAAAUGGAAGUGGCUGAAUCACAGCCAGAAGGGCAAGAGGCAGAAGUGCCAUCUCUUCAGCCAGCGCAGAGCACUGUGGAAAUGGAAGAGGAAUCGAUGGAGGUUAGUCAGCCAAGAGACGAACCAGACCAAACCGUACCGUCACCUCAGCUCUCUGCCCAAACUACUGAAGUCAAGGUUAAUGGCUCGAAUAUAAAUGUAGCUGCAGCUGCAACAACUGUGACGGAAACAGCAGUGACAUCGGAGUCUGUAGCAGAGGAAGAAGUUGCUAAGUCAACGCCUCGCAGAAGAGGACGUCCCGCUAAAGUCGCAACUCCUGCAGAACCUAAAGAAGCCGAGAAAGAGACUGAAGAGAAGAGUACACCAACUCCAAAAAGAGGACGAGGUAGGCCAGCAAAGGUGCAGAAAGAUGAAGUGCAAGAAGCAGACUCAACAACCAAGAAGUCCAAAGUGGAAGAAGCGCCAAAAUCUGCUGGGCGGGGAAGACCAAGGAAAGAAUCAAAGGAAGAGGAUGAGACUGCGGCUGAGAAGACUGGAGAAGCAACACCUUCAAGGCUGACCAGAAGAUCCUUAGCUAGAGGCACUCCAAAAGAAGUAGAAGAAACGCCACCGGCCAAAGAGGCAGCUGGUAAAAAGGUAGCAAAGCAAGCUGGUGAUUCAGAGUUGGCUGUGGAAGGCAGUAGAAGAAGAUCACAAAGGGCAAAAGCAGCUGUUGUGGAAGAGGAAGCGGUUGAAAGUGUGGAGGAAUCUCCUGCUGAUGAUGGUGAGAAACGUAAACGUAGAGGUAGACCCCCAAAGACGACUAUAAAAACAGAACCAACUGAGGAGGAAAGUACACCAAGGAGGGGUCGAGGAAGGAAGAAAAAGGAGGAGGAAGUUGAAGAAGAAGAAGAGAUAGAAUCUCCCCAAAAAGCCACAAAAGGAAAAAAGCGUAAGGAGGUUGACCAAGGCACGUCUGAGCAGGGAACUGGUACUGCUGAUCAGGGAUCUGGUGAAGACGAGGUUGAACUUGAUGAAGCAGCUACUCCAAGAAAACGCGCUAAGGUGUCUGGAAAUGCUCAAACAAAGGAUCAAGGUAGCGAAACAACACCCAAGCUGAAGACUCGUUCACAGGGAUAUGAUGGGAUGGACUUUGAUAUUGAUGAGCCUGAACUGUCAAAUGUUGAAACCCCAACCAAGGAAGUUACUACAUCAGGUGAACCUGAACCUCCUGUGCUUACAGCAUUUGCAGUGGACAGCUUCAAAUCUCCGGACACCUCUGGCGUAAAUGUAACAGGGCAAGAUGUGUACAGUAUUGAUCAAAUUGACGAUGACAUUCCUCAGUCAGCAAAGAAAGCCCAAGCAGUUACCAUGACACCUAAGGAGGCUCCCCCAUUUGUAGAAGUAGAAACUGUUUGGGAAUCCAGUAACAAAAGAUCUGUUUUAACCCAAACUGACCCCAAAUUAAAGAAGAAGAAAUUUGGUCCUCUCAACCUUGAUGAUGGCACAUCUGCAAAACUGGAUGAUGAUGAAGAUCGUAAACGUCGCAAGAGGAGGGAUGAUGAUGUUGGUGGAUUGUUCCAAGAUGUUGAUGCCAGGAAACGCAGCGUAAAGAGAAACACAGAGGAGGCUUUGAAAUGUCCUUUCUGUGAGAAAGCAUUUAUUGGUCUGGUAAAACAUAUUAAAAGUAAACAUAAUGAGGAAACAGAUUAUGAAGAAGAAAUUAGAAAUGCCAAGUGGAGGGAGAGAAUCAUGAAGGUUUCCACACAGGGAGCUCAAGAAGAUGGAGAAACUUGCCAGGAUUGUGGGAAGGUGACUAAAAAUAUGAAGCGUCAUCUGGAGUCUCAUCAGCAGAACCGCAUGCAAAUUCCAUGCCCCAUCUGUGGCAAGGUCGUGCUGAAGACUGGCAUGAGCUCUCACAUGAGGACCGUACAUUCGGGACGAAGACCUUACAAGUGUCCUCACUGUGAUUAUGACUCGGCAUUCCGUGGGAACUUAAACACUCACAUCAAGGGGAUGCAUCUACACACCCGCCAGUACCUGUGUAACACAUGCAGUGCAGCUUUCAAGACCUUGGGUGCCCUGAUUGGUCACACCAAGAGGGUCCACGAGAACUGGAAGUCUCCGAAUCAGAAGAUCUUCAUCUGCUCCGUUUGUGAGAAGCGUUUCACCAAGAAGUAUCACGUUGAUCGCCACAUGCUUAUCCACACCGGAGAAAAGCCUCACAAGUGUGCCGACUGUGGGAGAUGCUUCAACAACAAAUCCAACUUGAUGUCUCACAUUCAGCUUGUCCACAAACGCCUGUCGCCGUAUCAGUGUGAUCUGUGCAAGGAAACUUUCAAGAGAAAGAAACUGCUUCUUGAGCAUAUCGGCAAAGAGCACGUCGCUCAUGGAGAACAUGUGGUGUUCAAGACCCCAAUGGAUGAGCUUUCUGACAGCGAUUCAGAAGAGGAAGGUGAAGAAUUGGAGGAGGGUGAACUUGACCCCAAAGCUGCAUUGGAGACAGAGAGUAUUCAGGUGACGGUCACCCCAGAUCAGGCUCAGGCCAUUGAAGCAGAGGCAGCUGGGCAGGUAGAACAGCCCCAGACCAUUGCCAUACAGCAGCUGGAGCCUGGAAUGUACGGAGGCCAAGAAGUCCAGAUGGCGACCGUGGUCACCACUGAAGGUGAAGCUACUCACACUUUACCACAGGGCCAAACUAUCACCACGCUGCAGACAGAGGGAGGCCAGGAGACCAUCAUCAUCGUACACACGGCUGAUGAUGGCGAGGUGACCCAUGCUAUAGUGGAACAGAACCCUCAGCCAGGUACAAGCGGAGAUGUCACAACCCUUGCUACUGCUGCUGAGCUCUUCACCCAGAUGCAAUCUUAAGUGACUCCUGUCGGGAGUGUCAAGUCUCUGAUGUUAUCAGUUGUUGAAUAUUGUCAGUGCAUAAAGUGCUGAUAUGACUUGAAUCUGCACCGAGUAGGUUACUUUUUCUUUUAGUUUCCUUGUGAAAUGAACAAAUAUUCCAAGAAACACUUGGAAUUGGUUCUGAUGGAUGCUUGCGUACGUUUAAUCUUGACAUUGGUCUAACUAUUGUUAGGCACUUGAGAUACAGUCAUGCUCACUGUAAAGUUAAAUUUUGACUCCCAAAGGAGUGAAGGGAUGAUACAUUGCUUGUGUGCAGACGAAAGAGAAUUGUAAUAAUCAUGACAUGAUGAAUUUUUUUUAUUUUCUUGGUGUACAUGAUAAACGUGCAUAUUUUGCAUAUGUUGAAAGUGUGUGUUCUUCAUGUAAUGUGACGCCAAUGUAACAUUCAUGGUAAGGCUUGUUAAGAUUUGCUUUUUUUGUUUAGUGAGUGCUGACAUGCGUGGUGAAGUUGUUCUGUUAUGGAGAUUUUUAUUCACCUUCAUGGUGGAACACUUGGUCAUUCCUUAUGUAAGGCAUGUUUUCUUUAGAGCUUGGUGAAGACAUAGCCUCACUAUUGUUCUGAUGAAAGACUGGGUACUGCGUACCUAACAGGGGUGAAUGUACCUGUGUAGGGUUUAUAUAUGAGUCCUUGUAAUAACUCACUGCACUGUAUAGUUUGAGUUGGCAGACAAUUUUUUGGACUCCUAUUAUUUUUAAGGCUACAAAAGUAUUACAGUGACCAGCUUUUAAUUAGGAGAUUUUGCUUCAUAACCACAAUUUUGAAUACCGACUUGCACUCGCGGAAUUUUUCAUUUUACAGAAACUUCAGUCAGAACUUUCUUCCCGAGAUCACCUCUAAGUACUUCACAACAAACAGCACAUUUGUGAGAAAUCAGAACUCAUCUUACCAUAUACGUGUGUGUGAACUUAGUUUUCAUUAUGUGUAGACAGUAGAGUUAUGUAGAUUUUUUUGUUUGCAUUUAUUUAGUCCUCUGUUUUCUCUGUGUCGGUCUACUUGUAUGUUGUAGAUUUAAACUGUGUUGCCAUGGUAGUGUGUAGUUGUCUGGAUAAAGGCUCCUGAUGAUGAAUUAGUUACUGAAUUACAAAGUGUUUACCACAGAUUAACUGUGGAAUCAUUCAAGUUUACUGAGUCAGUGGCACAUCAGUUAUCUGUUCUGCUUGUAUUGUUUUGAACAUUAUACUGUCUCCAGCAGACCAUGGCACUUAGACCGACCCCUCAUACCUUAGCGUAGUUUUGUUGUUGAGGGUUAAAAAUGCAGAAAUGAACAACAUAUAUUGAUAAACCAUUGUUUGACAAUGCUGCAAUCACUCUUUUCACUCUUGUCAAAUAUGCUUCAGUUCACUGAUAACACGUUCAUAAGUGACUGCCUUGCAACAUACUUAUCAGAUCUUGUGCAUGUUGCCUUGCGAAAUAUAGUUAUCCAUACUUUUUGAAGGCCAUAUGAAAUCUUAAUUACAACAGUUUUGCACAGUAUUGCUCAUAAACUGCUUUUCAUAUUUUCAUGUAACCCAUUUACAAUGCUGUUAUUGUAAUCAGUAUUUACUUGGCUUAAUUACAAAGUACACCCCUCACUAUGUAUCUUCUUGCUAUUUGGUCCAAAUAAAUGUUAAU